GUUUCUUAUCACUUGUUUACUUCGCUAUCAGUGUUGACAGUUGUAUAACCCCACUCCAACGUUUACUCUUACGGUGGUUUUAACGUUACCAGUUAUUUAGCUUUACAUUAACUUUUACUCUCAACUAUUACAGCAAAAUGCCUCACACUAAAGUUGCAAUUGUCACAGGGAGCAACCAAGGUAUUGGAUUGGAAAUCGUGAAAAAUCUCUGUGAGAAGUUCCCAGGUGUUGUGUUUUUGACAUCAAGGGACAUUAGGAAAGGAGAAGAUGCUGUUGAAGCUCUUAAAAAGCUUUCACUGAAACCAGAAUAUCAUCAGCUUGAUGUCUUGGACAAGGAGAGCAUCGCCAGGUUUGCCAAGUUUAUUAAAGAGAAGUAUGGAGGCAUUGAUGUACUUGUUAAUAACGCUGCUAUUGCAUACCAAGUUGACUCUCCAGAACCUUUCGGAGAACAGGCAGAGGUGACCUUGACGACCAACUACUUCGGUCUGCUAGCUGUCUGCCAUGCUCUGUUCCCUUUACUCAGACCCCAUGCCAGAGUGGUCAACCUCUCCAGCAGCGAGGGUCACUUGUCCAAAAUCCCUGGAGAGGCUAUACGUGAUCGUCUUCGGGACCCCGAUCUCACUGAAGAGGGACUGACGUGUCUCGUGAAGGAGUUUAUAGAUUCUGCGAAGGCUGGAACAUACAACGAGACAGGUUGGGGUCGCAGUUCCUACCGGGUGUCCAAGAACGCAGUGAACGCCCUGACAUUCCUGCAGCAGAAGGCUUUUGAUCGGGAUUCCAGAUCGGACAUCGUAGUGAACGCUGUACACCCAGGCUUCUGUACCACCAACAUGACUCGGCACAAGGGGGUUUUAACACCACAGCAAGGUGCUGAUGCUCCCGCAUAUCUCGCAUUGUUGCCUCCAAACGUCUCUCAGCCCAGGGGACAGUACGUGUGGAAAGAUCGAACAAUUGUUAGUUGGAUAGAACCGCUCAAGGAAAGAUUUUAAAAAUAUAAUUUUAGACAAGUCAGGGUAAAAAGUAAAAUGUAUGUUUUACUCUUAUUCUUAGAAAAGAUGUAGUCAAAUUAAAAUAGAACAAGGGAGUUGUUAAAAUUAACAUUUAAUGCUAUUUAUUUAUGGACAUUAAACAGAUAUGUCUGUGAAACUAAUGCACUUAAUUGAAAGGCUUUAAAUAAAGAUUAAAAUAAAAAAUCUUGUAUUUUCACCCUUAUUCUAAAUUUCUUAAAUGGACCCUUUUUUUCUGCAGAUUGUAAUUGAACAAGUUUACGCAUAGUAAUUGAUUUAUUCGUCCAUAACAUAAAUAUUUUUGUUUUUAAUAUCAUAAACAUAUUUGCAUUCUUUGAGUUAAGUUAGGUGUUCACCUUUUUUUAAGUUAAUUAUAGUGUGUGUGCUUGAAAGAGUGGUAAGUAUUGGAGCCUAAAUUAGAAGAAACAAGCCCAUCCUGAGUGCCUGUGUGCAGACAUGGCUGAAUGAACGCUUGACCGACGGUUACUACAUUUUAUAUUAUGUGCAGUUCAUAAUCAAGAAGUACGUAAAAAAAUUAAAUCUAAAAAUAAGAUAUAGAGCUUGGCAGAAUGCAGUCAAGUAUAUGUGACAAAGAUCCACGGAUGAGAUAAGUAGUUUGAUUUCUAUGAAAUUCAGUAUUUUAAAGUCUCAUCUUUUAACAUUAAUCCAAAACAAUUAGUUCAUAACUUUGAUAUUUUAUAUCUGUACUCAGUACUCAGUAUGAUACCGCAUUUAUUUUGUUUACUUAAUAGUGACGUUUAGAGAAAAGUUUUGAUUGACAUUUUAGUAAUAUUUAUAUUUUUAAUUAAAAGACCAAAUUGUAUGGUAAACGGCAUCUACAAGAUAACAACUCUUUGUAACAUAACCAUAUACCAGAAAACAACAAAGUACUCUGACGUUAUAUGUGUACCAGAUGUCGAGUUGAUACUUCCCCUCCCCUCCCCUCCCACAUCACCUUUCAGCAGUAGGCGCCAUAUUGAAAACUGUUUAUGGCCCUUGGAAGUUUCCUAGGUUAUGAUGCAAUGAACGUGAAUCGUGCUCUCGCUCUGUAACUUACGUUUGAUGAUGCUCUUCGUCUCUGUUUGUGACAAGAAGCAUUUAAAGAAAACGAGAAAUAAACCCGACAAAAUAAUGUUAAAAGUUAAAGUAGAUCAUUAUUGUACUAUCUUAUUGCCUAAUUUAAGUAAAAUUUCAUAAAUAGAAGAAGAAAUACUGUAUAAUAAGUUAAACUGGAUUUUAAUGUACAAUACAAUGUCUAUGUGUAGUGCUUUAUAUGGAAUAUCAUCUAACAUAUUAUGUUUGCAAAAGUAAGCAAUAAAAAAUUAAAUAAUCACAAAACAUAAAACAAUGUUUUUUAAAAUAUAGUUUUGUGAACGUGCUACUAAUGUUACAAAAUGUUUCUAAAUUUACCAAACGUCCUGUAAGUAUAAUAAAUAUCUAAAUUUUAACAGAGUUAUGAAAACAUGCCUCAGAUAAAGGUUAUAAGUUAACUAUUUAAUUAAAUAAAUAAAUAAUAAUUGAAUAUUGGAAUAAUAUUGAUCAAUGUCAUAUUUUGAUAACCAAAGAAUUACCAAGUGUGAUAUUUUCCCUGAGUAACCAAUAAAUACUUCAUGACACAGGAAAGUGAGAUUUCCUUGUCCGAUUAUUAAUAAA